UUAGCUGGCUUACAAGCAUUAACGGAACUAGCUAUUUCACUAGAAGAUAGAUCGUUCAGAAGUACUAUUUUUGGAAAUAAGCCAAAUAUGCAUAUGCAAAAUAGGAAAUUACUUAUAAGAGGACUUACAAGUGUUAAACAACAAAGAGAAAUUACAAA